AUGAGCUGUCUUCUGAACAAUAUGGUCCCGGUGGGGCUGGCUCUGCUGGUCUGCGGAGUACAGGCCUUUUUCCUUCCCAACACCACAAGCCUGGAGAGGCUGCUCAGCAAGUACCAGCAUGCAGAGCCACACUCACGCGUGCGCAGGGCCAUCCCCAUGUCAGACCGUCAGGAAAUCCUCAUGCUGCACAACAAGCUGCGAGGUCAGGUGUAUCCCCCUGCCUCCAACAUGGAGUACAUGACCUGGGAUGACGAGCUGGAGAGGUCGGCAGCCGCGUGGGCACAGAGGUGCCUGUGGGAGCAUGGGCCCGCCAGCCUUCUCCUGUCCAUUGGGCAGAACCUGGCUGUGCACUGGGGCAGGUACCGCUCCCCUGGGUUCCACGUGCAGUCGUGGUAUGACGAGGUGAAGGAUUACACCUACCCGUACCCCCACGAGUGCAACCCAUGGUGCCCCGAGCGCUGCUCAGGGGCCAUGUGCACCCACUAUACACAGAUGGUUUGGGCCACCACCAACAAGAUCGGCUGUGCUGUGCACACCUGUCGGAGCAUGAGCGUCUGGGGAGACAUCUGGGAGAACGCCGUGUAUCUCGUCUGCAAUUAUUCUCCAAAGGGAAACUGGAUUGGUGAGGCUCCCUACAAACAUGGCCGCCCCUGCUCUGAGUGUCCGUCCAGCUAUGGAGGUGGCUGCCGGAACAACCUGUGCUACCGAGAAGAGCACUACAAUCAGAAACCGGAGGUGGAUGAGAUGAACGAGGUGGAAUCGCCCCCUGCUCCCGAGGAAACCCAUGUCUGGGUUCAACCCAGGGUGGUCAAACCCUCAAAGACCAAGAAGACCCCAGUCGUCAACUUCAUGACCCAAGUGGUCCACUGUGACACGAAGAUGAAGGACUCAUGCAAGGGAUCCACAUGUAACAGGUACCAGUGCCCAGCAGGCUGUCUGAACAACAAGGCGAAGGUCUUUGGCUCUCUGUUUUAUGAAAGUUCUUCCAGUAUAUGUCGAGCUGCUAUCCACUAUGGUGUCAUCGAUGAUCGAGGUGGCCUGGUGGAUGUCACCAGGAACGGGAUGGUACCCUUCUUUGUCAAAUCUCAGAAAAAUGGCUUGGAGUCCCUGAGUAAAUACAAGCCGUCUAGCUCCUUCACUGUGUCCAAAGUGAAAGAGAUGGCUGUGGACUGCCACACCACAGUUGCACAGCUGUGCCCCUUUGAGAAGCCAGCCACCCACUGCCCAAGAGUCCGGUGUCCUUCACGAUGUGGAGAGGAGCCAUCCUAUUGGGCCCCUGUGUAUGGAACCAACAUCUACGCUGACACUUCCAGCAUCUGUAAGGCGGCUGUGCACGCAGGCGUCAUUGUCGAUGAGGUUGGUGGCUAUGCAGAUGUGAUGCCCGUGGACAAAAAGAAGAGCUACGUGGGCUCCCUCAGGAACGGGGUUCAGUCAGAGAGCCCGAGCACUCCUCAGAACGGAAACGCCUUCCGGAUCUUCCCCGUCAGGCAGUGAAUAUGGAGACCUGGGGAGAAGGGGGUGUCAUCUACUGGGAUUCGGGGUCCUGCUUCUUAUCUGUACUUUGUCCUUUGGGGGUGGGAGGGUUACAGAGAGUCAAGAAUCUUCCUUUCGGUGUCGUUGAAUGUCCUGGGCCUCCGUGGCUUUUGGUGAUGGUGACAGAGCACCUUCCCCUCAUGAGCAGCAUGCCGUGGAGUCUCUCGCUGGACAACCAAUGCCCAGACUGGCCAGGUGGCGGUCCCCAUCUGGUGGCUCAUCUCCUCUCAGGAGAUGCUCACCGAGACACACUUUGCCACAUUUUCUUUGGUGUUGGAGGGGGGGAUGGCUUUCGAACCCUUGAGGAUACAGGGUUGAGAUUCGUUGUGAAGGGGUCUCUUGUCUGGAUGACAAGAGUGGACAGCCCUAAGGUUACAGUCCUCCUACCAACAGAGAAAUAUGGUCUGUGUUUGCUGGUCAGACAGAUGGGCUGCAGGGAGAAGCCCUGGGCAAAACCUGGGCUCUGCCCUGGUGGUAUCUGUGCUCAUGUCCCCAACCUUCUUGGCAGUCACGUAUUCGUAUGACCAGCAGAGCUGGUCUAUUUAAAGUUGGUAGCACUCCAGAGAUUUAUCUUGUCUUUGUCCUCGUCCUUGUCCUUGUGGCCCGUUUUCACAUGACCUUUGGUCUCAUGGAAGACCAGUGCAUCAGGAGCCUUCCCCACCAUUCCGUGACCCUGUGUUGAGCAUCUGCCCCACUCCAAGGAGGUCUAGAUUGUCCUCCUUUGGGGCUUGGCUUUGCAAGAGGCUCCAGGUCUUAGAUGUCUGCUUACUCCUUAGAACAAGGGCUCUCUCACGGCUGCUGUUAGAGAGGCAGCUCGACAUCGCUUCCCCAUGGUUUGGGUGACCUAGUUUUUAGCUGUGGGAGGACCGGAUUCCUGGCGCAUUCCUCCUGGGGGUUAAUGGAGUGACCUGUGGUUGUAAAACCACCCAUGACACACCAGCCACCAGAGAGAGAGAGGGGCAGGGACACACAGGAAGAACCCCUCAGCGCUUGCCAGAGUCCCGGGCUCCAAGAGUGUGGUGAGCCCUGGCUUCCAUCACUUAGGAGCCUGGUCCAAACCCACUGUAAAAGGAAACCUGCUUUUGUAAACAGCUUUCUCUAGAGAAGGUGGAAUCCCACCCCAGUCCUGGGGAUGGGGCACAUUUGCCUGUGAGUGUUGGCCUCAAACAGGGUUUCAUGAUCCAGCCAAACAUUUCUUAGACAAAAGAAAGGGGUGGAGUAGAAAAUAAAACAGAAUGCUGUCCCCCAUUGAAAGGCUGGGGAGGUGACUUGGUGGUUUAACAACUCUACCAGAGGACCUGAGCUCAGUUCCCACGACUCACAGACUAUAACUAUAACCCACCUAUGACUAACUCUAGGAGAUCCAUGAUCUCCACAGACGCCACACGCAUCCACAUGAGCAAAAGUACAAAUGGUUCCUAAAAAAAAAAAAAAAAAAACUCUAAGGGAGUAGAGAACCCGUGGACCUAGUUGAGUUGAAUGUUUCCUUAUUUGUUUGAGACAGUUUCACUAUGUAGUCCAGGCUGGCCUUGACUCGUUAUGUAGCCCAGGCUGGCCUCCUGAGUACUGAGAUAGCUCCUCAACCAAUCCAUCCCUUCCGGGGAGUUUAUAAGAUGCACACGACCUUGAACCAGCUCUAGCUAGCCUUCAACCAGGCUGUUUCUGCCUCAUGUGCGUGGGUGUGGUGUCUUUGGAGCAUCAACACUUCCACUCCAGAUGUUGGAGCAAACAUCUGCUCAGCCUGUGGAAGGGGACUUCUGGUUGCUACCAAACAUCUGGGAAACUUCCCAAUGCAAGGAGUCCUGUGGGACCCUUCACCCAGCCUGCAGGGCAAGGUUGAGAUGGUAAGGGAAAACCAUACCCCUCCUGGGUUUCUAGAAUGAGCAACCAAUCCCAUCUCUAGGGAACUCGCGGUGUGAGUCUGUACCGGGGUCCUCAGUGCUCCCUGGCUGCCCUUCCACUAGGCACAGAGGCCUCGCGCAGAGCCUGGCUGAGCAGCCUUGAUCUUCUUCAUUGAUAGUUUGAAACCGGAAGCCCUUUACUGUGGAAGAAACAGAAACAAAACCACCAAUGACAAGACCCUAAAUCAGAGCCCUUCUGACCCUGUGUGCCCGUCAGCUCUCCCAAGCUUCGAGUGACCACGCCCAUCCCAGCUGCAUCCCCACUCCGUCCUACAUCCGGUGAUAGUUUCCAUUUGCCUCCGAGCUGUGCCCGGUCUGUUCAGAGGGGUGUGCCGAUUCUCCAUGAUCUGUAGGCUCUCUCGGCCCGCAGUUUACUGUGUGCUUUUUUCUAUGAAAAAUGAUAUAUUUUACAACUUCCUAUGUACAAAAGUUUAUUGUAAGUUUUUGUGCUUCGCAUGAACAGGGCCACACUGGUUGUUGCUAUGGUUUCAAUAAAAUGGAUCUGAUUUCUAACACA